GCGCUGCCAGCUGUGAGGGGAGCAGAGGAAACGGCGAGUACUAAAGGGACAAAGAGCCCCUGCUUCACAUGCCAUCCUCUAAGACAGGUUGGAAACCUCAGCGUCCUUAAAAGAGUGUGAGCUGCUGACUGUCCUCCGUCUAUCAGAAGUAUUCAUCUUUUCCGCAUCAUUCUGCAUCAUGCUGCGCCUGGCUGUUUUCUGCUUUCUCCUUUACACCUUGCUGGUGGCGUCCAGCGCCCAGUCAGACUCUAACCAGCCUGUGAUCCAGCUACGUCUAGCCGGGGAGAAGAAGAAACACUACGAAGGUCGGGUAGAAGUUUUUUACAAUGGAGAGUGGGGGACGGUGUGUGAUGAUGACUUCUCCAUCUAUGCUGCCCAAGUGGUAUGCAGAGAGCUGGGCUUCACGGGUGCCGAGUCCUGGUCGCCCUCAGCCAAGUACGGAAAAGGGGAAGGUCGUAUCUGGCUAGACAACGUCCACUGCACAGGUAGCGAAAAGAGCCUGGCUCAUUGUGAGUCCAAUGGCUUCGGAGUAUCCGACUGCAAACAUUCAGAAGAUGUCGGCGUGGUGUGCAGUUCGAAGCGCAUUCCAGGAUUCAAGUUCAUUCGGAACCAGGCCAACAGCCAGGAGGGCUUGACGGUACAGGUGGAAGAGGUGAGGAUCAGGGCCACAUAUUCUCACAGAAAAAGGAUUCCCAUUACUGAGGGCUUUCUGGAGGUAAAAGACGGAGGCAAGUGGAGGCAGAUCUGCAACGAGGAUUGGAACCAGAAGAAUAGCAGGGUCAUCUGUGGCAUGCAGGGCUUCCCUGGGGAGAAACGCUUCAAUACCAGACCCUACAAAUUGCUGGCCAGCCGUCGAAAGAAGAACUACUGGGGUUUCUCUAUCAACUGCACAGGCAACGAGGCUGACCUUUCUGAUUGUAAACUGGGCCGAGAGAUAGAGCAGAAAGGCAACAGCACCUGUGGAAAGGGCAUGCCUGUAGUGGUCAGCUGUGUGCCUGGACGGGUCUUUGCUCCUAGCGUCAGCAUCGGGUUCAGAAAAGCCUACAGGGUGGAGCAACCCCUGGUACGUCUAAGAGGUGGUGCCAUGAUCGGUGAGGGGCGAGUGGAAGUCCUGAAGAAUGGAGAGUGGGGAACAGUGUGCGACGACAACUGGAACAUUCGCGCUGCCACAGUGGUGUGUCGAGAGCUGGGGUUCGGCAGCGCCAAAGAGGCCCUGACUGGCGCCCGAAUGGGACAAGGCAUUGGACCGGUCCACAUGAAUGAGGUGGAGUGCUCCGGUUUCGAAAAGUCCCUGACCGAGUGCUACUUCAACCCUAACUCUUUGGGCUGCAGCCAUGAGGAAGAUGCAGCAGUCAAAUGUAAUGUUCCUGCCAUGGGCUUCCACAAUAGACUUCGGUUAAGUGGUGGCCGUAACCCAUAUGAGGGCCGUGUGGAGGUCCUGGGGGAGAGAAAUGGCUCUUUAGUGUGGGGCACGGUGUGCAGUGACAGCUGGGGGACUAUGGAGGCCAUGGUAGUGUGCAGACAGCUGGGCUUGGGCUUUGCCAGCAAUGCUUUUCAGGAAACAUGGUACUGGCAAGGAGACUCAUCAGCUGAUCCUGUGGUGAUGAGCGGGGUGAGGUGUUCAGGAACUGAGCUGACUCUGGAGCAGUGCCUGCAUCACGGGAAACAUGUUGCCUGUCCCAAAGGAGGUGGACGCUUUGCUGCUGGGGUCUCUUGUACAAUGACGGCCCCUGACUUGGUCCUGAAUGCUCAGGUUGUGGAGCAGACCACAUAUCUGGAGGACAGACCCAUGUAUGCUCUGCAGUGUGCCCAUGAAGAGCGUUGUCUGUCCGGCAGUGCUGACAAAGCUGACCCUAGCUCCUACCGCCGCCUUCUUCGCUUCUCCUCCCAGAUCCACAACAAUGGCCAGUCAGACUUCAGACCUCGGGCAUCACCUCAGUCGUGGGUCUGGCACGACUGUCACAGGCAUUACCACAGUAUGGAAGUUUUCACCCACUAUGACUUGAUGAGUCUGAACGGCACUAAAGUGGCAGAGGGCCACAAGGCCAGCUUCUGUCUUGAAGACACCUAUUGUGAUGAGGGAAUUCAAAAGAGGUACGAGUGUGCAAAUUUCGGUGCACAGGGCAUCACUGUUGGCUGCUGGGAUACCUACAGGCAUGACAUUGACUGUCAGUGGAUCGACAUCACAGAUGUGAAGCCCGGCGACUACAUCUUGCAGGUUGUAAUUAACCCAAACUAUGAGGUCGCGGAAUCAGAUUACACUAACAACAUUAUGAAGUGCCGCUCCCGAUACGAUGGCCAUCGGAUAUGGACAUAUAACUGUCAUACAGGUGGCACACUGAGUUCAGAAACGGAGGAAACGUUUCCUGGCUUGCUGACCAACCAGCUUUCUCACAGGUAGACCUGAGAAGGACAGGUCAGCAUUGGUGGAUGGGGGGUGCAGACUAAUAUUUGACAACCACUAGAGGGGGGCCUGGGCGGAUGCGCCUCCUUGGAGCAGUGCUGGAUUAUUGUUGAGCUCCGGGCUCAUCUGGUACAAUAAACAAUGACUCAAUGGGAAAAUGAAAUGCUUGCUUACUAAACCAUUAACCGUAUUCAGAUGUUCAAAAAGUGUUAGUACAGUGUAGAUUUGAUCUGAUGUUUAUUUACCAGGAGAGAUGCCAUGAGGAUUGUAGCCAGGUAACUCGUUAAAUAACCCAUGCCAACGAGGGCCGCCUGCGUAAAAGUUUCCAGUGUUUGGGAGAACAUUUUAAACCAAAGAAAAAUCACGACAUGAGAGACCACGACUCUUGGACUGAGCUCUGUUUGAACGGGUGAAAAUAGUGUUGUGCUUAAUCUGGUGCUACAGCCUGUACUGUUGUCUCGCAGCUGAACCAAGAGACAUUUGCCUCAACAGUAAAUAGUUAAAGGAAUUACUGACUCAAAACUGUGAGCAGUUUUAAUAAUAAUACAUUACAUGACUAUGAUUAUCUCUGCAGAGCAGAGAUACAAUCUGUGGAUACAGCAUGUCUGAUAAGUAACUCCUGCUCUCAGAGGGAUUCAUUAUAACAAACUGAAACCAGGAUUAAUUGUAAAAUUUCUAUUCGAGCUUCCGAGAACUUAAUGUACCAACAUCUUGCAAAGAGCUUACUUCUCCCAGGAUUUUGCCUUUCACAUACUUGACACAUACAUUUCUGAAAAUAUUUUUAAUUUAUUCACACCGCACACACAUUUUCAUCUUCUUGUUCUGCACAUCCUCUCCCUUUCUUUAUCGGUGUCUGAGUUGUGUUAAAUUAUUACCAUCAGGGAA